GGCGGCGCUCACCUGGGGGGGUGGCCUCCGGGUCCUCUGCCACCCUGGGCGCACCCGGACCUCCGCUCUUUCUGCGACACGUUUGAAACCUUGGGGGACCUUUCCGUGGGUGGAAGUAUGCGUGACUUAAUUGCUCAAGUGACUAGUCGUCUCCUGCAUUUCCCAGAAGUGACUAUUCAGGCCCUUGCAGAAGAUGAAAUAACAUUAGAUUCUGUGCUUCGUGGGAAGUUUGCUGCAGGAAAAAAUGGACUUGCUUGCUUGGCUUGUGGUCCACAACUUGAGGUAGUAAAUUCUGUAACAGGAGAGCGGUUAUCUGCAUACAGAUUCAGUGGAGUGAGUGAACAGCCUCCCGUAGUUCUAGCAGUGAAAGAAUUCUCUUGGCAGAAGAGAACUGGUUUAUUAGUAGGAUUGGAAGAAGCAGAAGGAAGUGUUCUUUGUCUUUAUGACCUUGGAAUAUCAAGAGUGGUUAAAGCAGUUGUUCUUCCUGGAAGGGUAACAGCAGUUGAACCUAUAAUUAAUCAUGGAGGAGCGAGCGCAAGCACUCAGCAUUUACACCCAAGUCUGCGCUGGCUUUUUGGUGUGGCAGCGGUAGUAACUGAUGUUGGACAGAUCCUUCUCAUUGACCUAUGUUUGGAUGACUUGUCAUGCAGUCAGAAUGAAGUAGAGGCAUCAGAUCUUGAAGUUAUAAUUGGUAUCCCAGCUGAAGUACCACACAUCAGAGAAAGCGUGAUGAGAGAAGGGCGCCAUCUGUGUUUGCAGUUAGUAAGUCCAACAGGAACGGCCAUUUCAACUCUUAGUUACAUAAACAAGACAAAUCAGCUUGCCGUAGGUUUUUCUGAUGGCUAUCUAGCACUUUGGAACAUGAAAAGCCUGAAAAGAGAAUAUUACACACAAUUGGAAGGUGGAAGAGUUCCUGUAUAUGCUGUUACUUUUCAAGAACCUGAGAAUGAUCCUCGUAAUUGCUGUUAUUUAUGGGCUGUUCAGUCUACACAAGAUAGUGAAGGGGAUGUUUUGAGUUUGCAUCUGCUUCAGCUGGCCUUUGGUGAUAGAAAAUGCUUGGCAUCAGGACAAAUCUUUUAUGAGGGUUUGGAGUACUGUGAAGAAAGAUACACACUGGACCUGACAGAUGGCAUGUUUCCUUUAAGGGGACAGACAAGUAACACCAAAUUAUUGGGAUGCCAGAGUAUAGAGAAAUUUCGAUCUCAUGGUGACAGGGAAGAAGGCAUGAGUGAAGCUCUGUCUCCUGACACUAGUGUUUCAGUCUUUACCUGGCAAGUGAAUAUAUACGGACAGGGAAAACCGUCCAUGUAUUUAGGACUUUUUGACAUAAAUCGUUGGUACCAUGCACAAAUGCCAGACUCAUUAAGAUCUGGAGAAUAUCUACACAAUUGCUCUUACUUUGCUCUGUGGUCAUUGGAUUCUGUUGUAAAUAGGAUAUCUCCACAUUAUAUCUUGGACAUAUUAGUACAUGAGAGAAGUUUAAGUCGAGGAGUUCCUCCUUCAUAUCCACCUCCUGAGCAGUUUUUUAAUCCAAGUACUUAUAAUUUUGAUGCCACUUGUUUGUUAAACUCAGGAGUUGUUCAUAUAACUUGUACCGGCUUUCAGAAGGAGACUUUGACUUUUUUAAAGAAAUCAAGGCAGUCUCUGAAUGAAAUCAUUCCUGAUGGUUAUAAUCGAUGUCUCAUAGCUGGCCUUCUCUCACCAAGACUUAUUGACAUUCAGCCUUCCAGUUUAAGUCAAGAAGAACAGUUACAAGCUAUAUUGUCAGCAGCAAUUCACACAAGUUCCCUGGGACUUUUAACUGGUUGUAUCAAAAGAUGGAUAACAGAAGAACAACCAAAUUCUGCUACCAAUUUGCGCUUUGUUCUUCAAUGGACAUGGAAUAAAGUGGUUCUCACCAAAGAGGAGUUCGACAGACUGUGUACACCAUUAUUUGAUGGUUCGUGUCGUUUCAUCGAUCCACAAACUAUACAGUCUAUCCAGCAGUGCUAUUUGCUUCUUAGCAACCUACAUACAGUCAUAAGCUGUUUUGCAACAGAGGCUCAGGAGAUCACUGAGAGAGGGCUGGUGGAAUUACGCAAUAAAUACACAGUUUCUCACCUCAUCUGUCAAUAUGCACAAGUGGUUCUUUGGUUCUCUCAUUCUGGACUUUUACCAGAAGGCUUAGAUGACGCUGUUCAGUUGUCAAGGUUAUACUACAGCUAUCCUGUAAUUCAGAACUACUAUACCAGUCGUCGACAGAAGUGUGAGCGUUUAUCAAGAGGGAAGUGGAACCCUGAUUGCUUGAUGAUUGAUGGAAUGGUUUCACUGUUAGGAGAUCGAGUUGAGAAGUUGUGGAAACGGGAUGAAGGAGGCACAGGAAAAUAUCCUCCUCCUAGUCUACACGCACUGUUUGACAUAUACCUAUUAGACAACAUUUCUGAAACAAGCAAACAUUCUGUUACUAUUUAUUUGCUACUCGAUAUUAUGUAUUCCUUUCCAAACAAAACAGAAACUGCUAUUGAAUCUUUUCCAACUGCAUUUGCCGUUUCUUGGGGCCAGGUUAAACUUAUUCAAGGGUUUUGGCUGAUAGAUCAUAAUGACUAUGAGAGUGGUUUGGAUCUUCUGUGUCACCCAGCUACUGCAAAACCUAUGUCAUGGCAACAUUCAAAGAUUAUUCAGGCCUUCAUGAGUCAAGGUGAACACAGACAAGCCCUUAGAUAUAUUCAAACAAUGAAGCCAGCAGUGUCCAGUAAUAGUGAUGUUAUCCUUCACGUCACUGUUUUGCUUUUUAAUAGGUGCAUGAUUGAGGCCUGGAGUUUUUUGCGGCAACAUUCUAAUAGGUUGAAUAUGGAGAAGUUACUAAAGCACACAUAUGAAGUCUGUCAGGAAAUGGGCUUAAUGGAGGAUUUACUGAAGUUACCAUUUACAGACACUGAGCAGGAAUGUUUAGUGAAGUUUUUGCAGUCCAGUGCCAGUGUUCAGAAUCAUGAAUUACUUUUAGUUCAUCAUUUACAGCGUGCCAAUUUUGUUCCUGCUUUGAAGCUGAACCAAACUCUGAAGAUCAGUCUUAUGAAUGAUCGUGAUCCUCGUUUGCGGGAGAGAUCCGUGGCUCGAAAUUCUAUAUUAGAGCAAUAUGGGAAAAUCCUUCCUAGAGUCCAGCGAAAAUUAGCCAUUGAACGAGCUAAGCCUUACCAUCUGUCAGUAUCAUCAGUUUUUCGAGAAGUUUCCAGACCCAAACCAUUAUCAGCAGUUCCAAAGCACUCUCUGAAAGGAACUGUACUUUCAAGAUCUACUUUCAUCUAUAAUGUGUUAUCUAAAAUUGGAGAAGUUUGGGGAAAUGAUGAGCCUAAUGAUAGCCUCCCACUUUAUAAUAGUCCUAAAAUAGGAGGGCCAUCUCCUAUAAUGUAUUCGCUCCCAAAUCCAGGGCUACCUGAGGCAUUCUUUGGAACACCAGCUUCAAAAGCAUCACAAAAAAUUUCUAGACUGCUGAAUUUGGUUGUUCAUCCUGUUGCCCAGCCUUCUCAGUGUUUGGGAUUUCUUCAGCAAACCCCACCAUCAAGAUCUCCUUUGUAUCUAGAAUCCAACUCAUUGCCUAUAAGUUCACAAUUAAAAGGAUCACAUCAGAACUCUUCCAGGACUUCAGAAUUACAUUUACUAGAAACUCCUCUUGUAGUUAAGAAAGCUAAAACUUUGGCCAUGUCAGUUACUACUUCUGGAUUUGCUGAGUUCACUCCCCAGUCCAUCCUAAGGACUGGUGUUCGAACAACACCUUUAGCAUCGCCUUCUUUAUCGCCCAGAAAGUCUGUUACUCCUCCUUUACGACUGAAAGAAACCAGAAUUUCAUUCAUGGAAGAAGACACGAACACAGAAUGGAGUGCUGGGACUGCCGAUGACAACAAAACAAAACUAUUUGCUAAUACACCUUUUCAAAAAUAUGGAGUUCCAGCAGAAACCAAAUGGCUGAAGAACAAAGACAAGACCUCAUCUUUCCCCCUAAAUAGCCCUGAGACUGACCCUGAAGAAGUGGACAUGGAGUCACAAGAUGCACCCUCACAGGGUACGAGCACCCUGGAUGCGAGCAAAGAAAACAGCACUAAUUCCACCCAGUCAGAUGAGACCACCUUAGAGUACCACGAUGCACCGUUACCAGAGGAAUUUGCAGAUGCUGGUUUUGUGGCCUGUAAGGCAACAGACUCUUCCACUGAAAUGAUUACAAAUUUAACUGAACAAACAGAAAAGGACAGUGAAAAAGAUACAUUUAAGUCAAAAGUAACUCCUUCAGACUUAGAGAAAGAAAUGGGCUCUUUAGAAGAUGCAGAAACAAAGGCUCUCUUAGUGGCAGCGGAUGCAUUUCCAGAACUAAAUCACGUAAGCCCCGCUCCAGAAGUUGAAGCUUCUCUCGGUGUUCCAUCAAGCCAUGAAGGGACAAGUCUCACCCUGAAGUCCAAGGUACCACUUUUGGAUGAAGGAUUAAUACCUGUUGAAACCAGUACCUCUACAUUUAAAGCAAAUAACAGUAAAUCUAUGGCUGAUGUCUGUGGUGGUGGAACGUCGGAGCUUACUCUCUCUGAAGGUCCUAUUAUCUCUGAACGUAGGCUUGACCAGGAAAUAGCAUUGACCUUAAAAGAAGAUCAUGAAAUAGAAGUUGAUGUACUAAAAGAAAGUGUUGACUUACCAGAAGAAAAGCCUCCAAUUUCUGACAGUCCUCCUGAUACUCAAGAAAUUCAUGUGAUCGGAUAUGAAAAGUCUGAAGCUCAAAAUACAGAAAAGGCUAGGAAUCUUACAUUUAAUGAGUUGUAUCCCUCAGGAACUCUAAAGCUUCAAUAUGAUCUCGGUACUAUUGAACAACAAUUUUGUGACUUGCCGGAAAAUAAAGACUCUGCUGAAUGUGACAUUGCCGAAGUAGAUGGAGAACUUUUUGUGACUCAGAGUAACUUUACCCUGAUACUGGAAGGUGAAGAAGGAGAAAUGGAGACAGGUGAUUCUGUAUCAUCUAAUGGUUUGCCGAAAGCAGCUAAUACAGCGACUGAGGAGAAACUUGUGUCCUGUGGGGAAAAUGAUAAUCAUGGACAUAUUGCUGAUUUGCCUUCCAUCAUAACUAGUGACCACGAGUCCCAAAAGACUUUACCAUAUGUGCCUGAACCAAUUAAAGUAGCAAUUGCGGAAAAUUUAUUAGAUGUAAUUAAAGACACAAGAAGUAAAGAAACUACUUCAGAUAUAAUGGAACAGUCCAUUCAUGAAAAUAUACCUUUAAUUAGCCAAAAGGUAGUGAGUUCCACUAAGGCAGUAAAAUCUACACCUAAGACUGUUCAGGAAACAAGUGUCAGCCAGGUGGAUAACACUGUAUCUUCCAGAACACGCACAAGAGGACAGCGUGUCCCAAACCUGAACAUGAAAUCAGCACAACAGCAAGAGUCAGUGGAUGUUGGUACUCCUAAGAGGCUGGGGCUAUCAGUCAUGAAGAAAACUAGGAAAACAAAAAUUUCUGAGACUUCUGAGCAUACUUGUUCUGAUGUUGAAGGAAUAUCUCAGAACCAGCAUAUACCUCAAAAUUCUAUUACUCCUAGAAGAGGAAGAAGAAAAAGAGAGAUUAAUCAAGAUAUAUUAGAAAGUAUUGAUUCUGUGGAACAAGAAUUACAGGUCACUAAAGGCAGGGAAUUAAGAAAGUUAAAAUCAUCUCAGCUGCUGGAACCAACAACUGGAGAAACUUCUGAAAAAGAAGUUAAGCUCUCAUCUGUUACAAAAACUCCUAAAAGAAUUAAAAAAUCUGUAGAAAAUGAGGAAAGUAUUGAUAUUAUAGAUGACCUAAAAGUUAGUAAAGUAGCAAGUCCUAGCAGAACUGUCAGAAAAUUGAGAAGUGCUAAUUUAGAUGCUUCUAAAAAUAAAGGACAUCAGCAAGAUGAAAAAUCCAGUGACCAACAACUGUCUAUCCAGUGUAAGAAAAGGGUCAGAAAGGAAGAGGUUAGUCCACCUGGUAUCCCAGAAGACUCUAAAAGUGAUGCAUCCCAGCUAAGUCUGAAAGCAGAAUUUGAUACACCUGUCAUGCCUAGGAGACGUGGUAGACCAAGAAAAGUAAAUCUGUCUGAAGAUGUAGGAUCUGAGGCUGUUCAGGAAAAGAAAAGUCCCAAGAAGAAACAAGCUCUCAGCAUCCAAAGAAGAUCUACAAGAAACACCCCAGCUAAAGGUGGGAGUAUUGAUGUUGGAGAACCAGCUUUAGAAAACUCUGUUUUAGUGCCAAAUGAGGAACUUGCUGUGGCAGUGAGCUCUACGAGAAAGCUUACAAAACGGACUACAAAUCAAGGCCAAAAACGAUCAUUAUAUUCAGUAUCAGGAGAACGCGCAGACGAAGCGGCUCACACAGAACCAAGUGACGGAGAAGAAAGUUUGCUUGCCACGGCUACUUUGACUAAGUCGUCCUGGAGCACGAGGACCAGGUCGAGGAAGACCAUCUUGUUGCCAGAUCUUUCUGAACCAACAAAUGAGGCUUUUUUAUUUUCUCCUCCCGUGUCAAAGGUUGCAAGGAAAGAAAAAGAUUUAUCUUCUCGGUUUGUUGCCUCACCCCCUGCUUUGAGGACCCGGCAAAAAAAUACAUCCGGAACAUCCAAACAGGUACACAGACUGGAAGAUGAUGAUACAUCAGUAGAAACUGUGGGAAAGCAAAAGGUGAAAAGGAUUCAGACUGCAAAAAUAAAACAAGCUGGAAGAAACAUAGAAGAAAGUUCUUGGUCACCGCCUCCAGUAGAAAUUAAGCUGAUUUCUCCUUUGCCAAGCCCAGUUGAUGAAGUAAAGAGCAAACCAAGGAAAACUGCAGAAGUAGCAGGAAAACCUCUUGGGAGGAACAGAAAGAAACUGUCUUCCUACCCAAAGCAAAUUUUACGCAGAAAAAUGCUGUAAUUUUGUUUUUUAAAGUUUUAAUGUACACCUAUUUGUAAAGUCAUCAGAAUAGUGUGGAUUAAAAACCGUCUAAUUUGGAAGAAAAUAAUUUAUAUAAAUGUUUAUAAACAGGAGGUCUUAAGUAAAAUAACUCCAUGUGGAGUGUGAUUCUUUAGUCCACGCAGUUUUUUCUAUUUUAUAUUAAGAUUUUGUACAUUUAAAAAAAGGAAAGAAAAAAAAACUUUAUACAUUUAUAUAAUAUGUAAAUAAGGCUUAUUGCAAUGUUAAAUAAAGUGUAUACAUCACAGUAGUUUGUGUCUGUUAGAUUUUUGAGAGGAUUUCUGUUUUAAUGAUUUUUAUAUGCUAGUAGGCAUUGAUCCCAUUUUCUUUAAAGUUGCCAUUUUAUAAUUUAUGCACUUUCAUUCUGUGAUUAAGAUUUCAAGUCAAAAAUGUAUGUUUUAGGCUAUUACUAUGUUGACAUUGAAUUCUGGGCAUGUUAUAUUGCCAUCUGUUUGUAGUUUUCACAAAUUUUGUGUAAUCUACCUCAAAUGAAUAAUUUUCCAAGUAAUGCAUUGGUUAACUAUGAUGUUGGUAUUUCUUGAUCAGCAGUCUUAAAGGCUGUUUAUGUCUAAAGUCUCUUAAUUAUUCAGAGACUAAUAUCCAGGUUAGAUUGACCGGUUCACUGCUCACUAGCAACCUCAUAAAAGGGUUUGAGAAGGGAAAUGUAAAAUAAGUGUUUUGUGGAUAUUCAGUGCACCUGUGUGUGCCUGAUACUGAUAGGAUGAGAAGUCCGUACAGAUUUUAUUGUAAUACUGAUGUGAAAGAGCUUGCUACUGAAUCACAGAAAUCCCUUAAUAUUCAGGUUUUAAAACUGACAAGUAAUCACAGGACCUCAGGCACAGAUUAUUGAGGAUGGGGAGAGUGUGAGUAGAUGUGGCAAAAGAAAAAACACAACACCCCAUUCUCUGCAGUCCGACUGCACAAUGAAGUGAUGUUACUUGAUGUGGGCCGUAAUGUUCAUCAAUAAAUAAGUGUUGUAAAAUAAUUUAUAAGAGGUAAUUGAUAGCGUGCAAUGAAUGGACCCUCAAUAAUUGAUCAUCUAGAAAGAAGCUGCUCUUGUUAGCUAAGCUUUUCAUGUCUUAAUGUGAAGCAUAAGCAGUGUGCUUUUUCUGCAUUAUUUUUCUACCAAAUAACAAUAUGGAUAAUGAGAAAAUGAAGAAAAUGCCUUUGCCAAGUGUGGACUGUGUGAAAGUAGCAGUGCGAGGGCGGCCUUUUAGUCAUGUUAGUGAUAAAUGUCACCUUGCCUUGUUGAAAAUUUGACUUUGAUUUUAUUAAUUUUUUAAUGAUAGUUAUCAAACUUGUAUUUAAGAUGCUUGUCAUUUAUGGAAUAUUAAACUUAUUUAUAUGAACUUGUUAAAUGAAUAAAGAUCUGAACAUAA